CGCAGUGCGUUUGGCCGGGGGCGGAGCGGGGGCCUGGGCAGUCUGCCGGGUGGAAGCCCUCAGCGGGCUUCACGUAACAGAGGCGCCGCGCACUGCUGACUCCGCCGCGUAGUGCUGACUCUGCCGCCCACCGCUGAGCCAUGGAAAUCGGCACCGAGAUCAGCCGCAAGAUCCGGAGUGCCAUUAAGGGGAAAUUGCAAGAAUUAGGAGCUUAUGUCGAUGAAGAACUUCCUGAUUACAUUAUGGUGAUGGUGGCCAACAAGAAAAGUCAGGACCAAAUGACAGAGGACCUGUCCCUGUUUCUAGGGAACAACACAAUUCGAUUCACCGUAUGGCUUCAUGGUGUAUUAGAUAAACUUCGCUCUGUUACAACUGAACCCUCUAGUCUCAAGUCUUCUGAUACCAGCAUCUUUGAUAGUAACGUGCCUUCAAACAAGAGCAGUUUUAGUCGGGGAGAUGAGCGAAGGCAUGAAGCCGCAGUCCCGCCCCUUGCCAUUUCUGGUACUAGACCUGAGAAAAGAGAUUCUAGAGUUUCUACAAGUUCACAGGAGCAGAAAUCUACUAAUGUCAGACAGACUUAUGAUGAUGGAGCUUCAACCCGACUAAUGUCAACAGUGAAACCUCUGAGGGAGCCAGCACCCUCUGAAGAUGUGAUUGAUAUUAAACCAGAGCCAGAUGAUCUCAUUGAUGAGGACCUCAAUUUCGUGCAGGAGAAUCCUUUAUCUCAGAAAAAACCUACAGUGACACUUACAUAUGGUUCCUCUCGCCCUUCCCUUGAAAUUUAUCGACCACCUGCAAGUAGAAAUGCAGACCCUGGCACUCAUUUAAACAGGUUGCAAUUUCAACAGCAGCAAAAUAGUGUUCAUGCUGCCAAGCAACUUGAUCUUCAGAAUAGCCAGGUAUAUGAAACAGGACAUUUGUGUGAACCAGAAGUGCUUUCCAGCUUAGAAGAAGCUUACAGUCCCUUCUUCAGAAACAACUUGGAAAAAAUGAAUAUUGAGGAUGAGAACUUUCGGAAGAGAAAGUUACCUGUGGUAAGUUCAGUCGUUAAAGUUAAAAAAUUCAGUCAUGAUGGAGAAGAGGAGGAAGAGGAGGAUGAUUAUGGCUCCCGGGUAGGAAGCGUGUCCAGCAGCGUGUCUGUGCCAGCAAAGCCUGAGAGGAGACCUUCUCUUCCGCCUUCUAAACAAGCUAACAAGAAUCUCAUUUUGAAGGCGAUAUCUGAAGCUCAAGAAUCUGUAACAAAAACAACUAACUAUUCUGCAGUUCCACAGAAACAGACACUUCCAGUUGCUCCCAGAACACGAACCUCUCAAGAAGAGUUGCUAGCAGAAAUGGUGCAGGGGCAAAGCAGGACCCCCAGAAUAAGUCCCCCCAUUAAAGAAGAGGAAGCAAAGGGAGAUAAUACCGAAAAAAUUCAAGGAUCUCAAGAGAGGCAAUUAUUAUCCCGACUGCAAAUCAACCCCGUAAUGGUAGAAACAAUGGAGAUCAGUCAAGAUUACUAUGACAUGGAAUCCAUGGUCCAUGCAGACACAAGAUCAUUUAUUCUGAAGAAGCCAAAGCUGUCUGAGGAAAUAGUAGUGGCACCAAACCAGGAGUCGGGGAUGAAGACUACAGAUGCCCUUCGGGUACUUUCAGGACACCUUAUGCAGACACGAGAUCUUGUACAACCAGAUAAACCUGCAAGUCCCAAGUUUAUAGUGACGCUGGAUGGUGUCCCCAGCCCCCCAGGAUACAUGUCAGAUCAAGAGGAGGAGAUGUGCUUUGAAGGAAUGAAACCAGUAAACCAAACUGCAGCCUCAAACAAGGGACUCAGAGGUCUGCUCCACCCACAGCAGUUGCAGUUGAUGAGCAGGCAGCUUGAGGACCCAGAUGGUAGCUUUUCUAACGCCGAGAUGAGUGACCUGAAUGUGGCACAGAAACCAGAGAAGCUUCUGGAGCGUUGCAAGUAUUGGCCUGCUUGUAAGAAUGGGGAUGAAUGUGUGUACCAUCAUCCUAUUUCACCUUGCAAAGCCUUCCCCAAUUGUAAAUUUGCUGAAAAAUGUUUGUUUGUGCAUCCAAAUUGUAAAUAUGAUGCCAAGUGUACUAAACCAGAUUGUCCCUUCACUCACAUGAGUAGAAGAAUUCCAGUACUGACUCCAAAGCCAGCAGUUACAUCACCAGCACCAUCUUCUAGUGGUCAGCUCUGCCGUUACUUCCCAGCUUGUAAGAAAAUGGAAUGUCCCUUCUAUCACCCAAAACACUGUAGGUUUAAUACUCAGUGUACACGACCAGACUGCACAUUUUAUCAUCCUACCAUUACUGUGCCACCAAGACAUGCCUUGAAAUGGAUUCGACCUCAAACCAGUGAAUGAUGACCCAGUCCUACCUGGCAGAAGAUCAUGCAGUUUGAAAGCGUCCAUCUUCUGAUGAAAGAUGCUCUACAGAACUUAUCACAUCUUUGAAAAUUAGAAUAUAUUGCUUUCAUAAUAUGAAUUUUAUUGCCUAACUGAAGUGUCUAAUUUUUCAAGUUUGUAAGUUUAUUAAGUGGAUUCAACAUUUUUUUGUUUGACUAUGAAAAAGACAGUUUAAAGAAAAGCCAAACCCUAUUAAACCAUUUGCGGCAUGUUUGUA